AUGCUGAACAUUCUUACAGACCAGACGCAGAGUGUUGAGGAGCUCAGCUCUCUGAGCGACUAUCGGUCAUCCUUGUCCAUCGAUGUGUCCGUCAGCGCCUCGUACAAUGGAUUCCUCGCGUCUGGAUCUUUCUCGGCUUCUGCGGGUUACGACCGUUUCAAGCGCGACAUCGUAAAGACCAGCAGCGAGAGAUUUGACAUGAACACUUACUGCCUGCAGUUUGUGGCGGGUAAAAGGCUCUCAGCGACCGUGUGUCAGUCGCAUUGCGGCAAUCCAUGUGUCCAUUUCUGUUUGUCACAGGUCUGUCGCCAUCGAUGAAGAUCGAGCCGACGGAAGCGAUGAAGAAAGCCAUCGACAAGCUGCCCAACGACAUUAAGAAAUCGAACCUGGAGCGAUGGCUUGAUUUCUUUCGGGUGUGUACGGGGAAAGAGCUCUUUCCUCACUUGUGGGUCCACGACGCCUUCGUGUGCAAUUUGAUCAGAUCUAUGGGACGCACGUUGCAGUGCAGGUGCGUCUGGGCGGCAAGAUGUCACAGCAGGUAAGAAAAGCUGGGAACCGUUUUCUCCAUCUUGGCGUGUCCCUGUCCCGGUUAUCUCUGCACAGAUCAUCAUGAAGUCCAAGGAUGUGACCAAGCUGAGGGCAGAAGGCGUCGACGUGAAGGCGGCCAUGUCCAUGUCAUAUGGACCGUAUAGGUACAGAAAAGACACGUGACGCACACUGUACUUAUGUCUCAGUGUGGCUGCAGUGGCAAGGUGAAGAUGAAAGCAUCGCAAGACACCAAAUCCAAGGAAAAACUCGAGAACACGUCCAAGACACAGCGCACCCUCGUGCUGGGCGGCAUCCCACCAGCCAGCGGCGCUGACAGCGCUGAGGGCUUCUCACAGUGGGCGGAGAGCGUGAGAGAGGCGCCGAUGCCCGUCAGGUAAGCACACUGUGACACGGGAAAACAAAGGCACCUACGCUGUGUCUCGCUCACCUUCUCUGUGCAUUGACGUCAGGAUCGCCCUGGCGCCAUUCGACGAGAUAUUUGACGCAGUCAAAUCCAAGAGCGCCACCUACCAAUUGGCCUAUGAGAAGUAUGCCGAGAAAUACGGCGCGAAGGAUGCGGGGGCCCUCGGAGUAGCCGGGGCCGCACCGAAAUCGGUCAAAGAGAUAUUGGCUGACUACAAGCCGCACAAGUGCACAUUCGACCAGUCGUCGUAUGAAUGCAAGUGCCCGAGCAAUAAGAAAGUCAGUGCGUGCGGAAGGCUUCCAUCCGUGAGGAGAGGUGUUGCACCCUGUGUGUGUGUCGUUGUGUUCUCUAGAUUGGUUUGGGGUUCCAGCUGCAGGCCAACUGUGACGACGGCAAGUUGGACAAGGCAUACUACACAAACUGCCCGGUAAGCGAGCGAGCGACACACAGAUAUCCACAAAGACAUCUCUCAUCAUGGGUGUGGGUGCCUUUGACGCUGAUGCGCUGAUACAGGUCGGCGUGAAUGGCUGCAUCGGAUCGCAGAAGGACCUGAGUGGCGACGACGAGAGCUACACCUGGCUCAUGUGCGGCCCAUCGGAGAUCCGCGGUGUCAUCCAGCGAUUCGUCAAGGGCGAAAACGUGGUAACGGCCACCUGUCCAAGCGGAACCAGAGUCUCUCUCGGCUUCAAACUGCAGCAGAACUCAGAUUCCCCUGACAAAUGGUGCGAAGCAGUAGAGGAAUGGGACUCUGUUUGUAAGGAAUUCUCUCCCUGUGUAAUCCUGUAGGAUUGCCGAUGGGUGCACGGCCAACGAGCAGUCUUGCAGCCUUGGCUUGAAAAAUCAGGGAGGCAACGACGAAGGUGAUCCAAGACGGAGACACAAGAGAGACGAGAGAGACGGCCUUGUGCCUCACCUGAUAGCACACCCCGGUCUGUCGGUUUGCUUGCGUGUCUGUCCUGGUUGAUGCAGGUUAUGUGUGGGUGGCAUGCUUCCCCGCAGACACACCCGGUCAGCCGAGCUCAGCUCAGCGGGAGGAGGGGCGGCAACAAACACACAAGUAUCUCAUCCAUGUGUACGUGUCCGUGUCAGGCCUCAGCGGCAUCAGAAAUGUGGCCAAGGCCGGCGACUUGCCGAGCAAAUCGCCCUCUCUUUCCUGCCCGUCGGGCAAGAAGAUCAUCGCAGGUCUCAACAUGCAGACCAACUCAAAGAUGGGCCGCGUCUCCAAGUACUUUCGCGCCAUUAGUGCGGGAGGGCGAAAAUACACGACUUACACAAGUGAGUGGAGCUGAGAGCUGAGCAGCCGAAGAUAAGUCACUGAGGCACUCGAGGGCAUGCUCUCUCUCUCUCUGUGUGUCUGUGUGUGUGUGUGUGUCUGUGUGUGUGUGUGUCGGUGUGUGCAGAGAACGAGAAGGGCAAUGACGGGUACUUCGCGUGGAUAGGCUGCUCCUAACUGUGUGCUGUAUGUCCACACACGUGUUGGC